AAAGAAACCAGGAAAAAGGAAUUUAGAGAGGUUAAACUCUUUUCUUCUGGAUUCUACUUAUAUAGUAGUAUCUAAAUACAACAAGAAAAAGCCAAUUAGCUAUCUUUCUUAAUUCUGUUCACUAGAAAAUUGCCAAUUCACACCCACCUGCUACCUCAAAGUCUCAAACGAAGUUUCCUCGGAUACCCACCUGGGUCAAAUAAAAUUCAAAAUAGUACAUGUCAGGUUCACAUUUCAUGUAGCUGCUAUAUAAUCAGCACCUAAUUAUCAAGUCCUUCUACGACAACUUCAUGUCCAAAAUCAUACCGGGCAAAUUAGUAUGGAGUAUCUUACAAGAAAAGCCUUGUUUUGCUGCUUCUUCGUUUUUACGACCUUUGCAUGUAAUCUGGCACGAGCUGAAGAAGUAGAGGAUGAAAAGGAAUUUAGUUACGAUGAAAGAAGCCACAGGGGACCAGCUCACUGGGGGGAGAUUCGGCCAGAGUGGAGCAUGUGUAACCAUGGUAGCAUGCAGUCUCCGAUUGAUCUGCUGGAUGCAAGAGUUCAAGUUGUGUCAAGCUUGGGAAGACUUCAUAGGGCUUACAAACCUUCUAAUGCCACUCUCGUGAAUAGAGGCCACGAUAUGAUGUUGAGAUGGGUUGAUGAUGCUGGGCAUAUUCAUAUAAACGGGACCUUAUAUCAUCUCAGACAGUGUCACUGGCACUCACCUAGUGAACAUUCUAUUAAUGGCAAAAGGUACGAUCUAGAGGCGCAUUUGGUUCAUGAAGCCCUCAAUGGAAAGAUCGCUGUAAUUGGAAUCAUAUAUGAGAUCGGACGAUCCGAUUCCUUUUUAUCUAUGAUGGAGAAUAAAUUAAAGGCUCUAGCUGAUACAAGAGAUUUGGAGAAAGUUGUGGGUGUUAUUGAUCCAAAGCAGAUAAAGUUAGGAAGCAGGAAGUAUUAUAGGUACAUUGGCUCGCUAACGACUCCUCCUUGCACUCAAAAUGUCGUCUGGACAAUUGUUAAGAAGGUUAGAACUGUUACUAGAGAUCAAGUGAAAAUGAUUCGAGAAGCAGUACACGAUGAGUCGGAAGCCAAUGCAAGACCACUCCAACCAUUACAUAAUCGCCCGAUCAGAAUGUACAGGCCGCAUGCUAAGGAAGAAGAAGAUUGAAAUAUGAGACAAAUUAAAGGAUGAAUUAUAGUGCAUUAAUCCUUUCUUUUAUCCUCUUUGGAUGUGCUUAUGCGUGUAAUGUGAAUAUGGGCAUGGAAAUGCUCAUUACCUACCUACGUAAAUCUUGACAUUAAAGUUGAGCUAGUUUAUCAGUUAGAAUACAAGUUCAUAAAAGAUAUACUUAUUACUAGUAUUUAUAAUUUUUUUUUUUCAAGAAAGAAACCAUAUAGUAUAAAGCUUUACAAGUGUAUGGAGAUAUAGUAGAGUUUGAGAGUCCAAUGAAGUGACAUUAUUAUGGCUACUUUGUUCACAUUCUU